AUGGCAUUCAAUCAGCAUCAGUUAAUUCCAAGACCGGACAUUAAAGUGGGUUACAGGCUUAAUGAUGAAUAUGCUGAUACACUGCUUCCACGAAUAAGAAAAUUAUUACGUUCUAAUCCUCAUUCGAAACGAUUUCCCGGAACACAACCUGUUGAUUUUGAAUUAUGUCAUUUCGAUUUAUUGGAAUCAGAAGAGUAUUUUGUACGAGAUAAAACUGACGGGAAGCGAUAUAUCAUGUUUUUCACCGCUAAAGAUGGUGGUACGGUAUUCAUGCUGGACGAAUCAAACAAGUUUCGAUUCCUGACUAAUUUCAAGUUACCCCAACGGCAUAAUCCUAAUGCAAUACACGAUGAGACUAUGAUGGAUGGUGAGAUAGUAAUGGAAAUCGAUGACGAUAGAAAAUGUUUACGAUACUUAAUAUUUGAUCUAAUGGUCUUAAAUGGAAGCAUUCUUAUAGAAAGACCUUACAAUAAACGGAUGGGUAUGUUAAAGCAGGACGUGAUUGAACCAUUAAAUGCGGCAUUGAAAAGAAAUCCAGAAAUGAAAAAAAGAAUGCCGUUUACGAUGGAAAUCAAAUCAAUGGAAUUAUCUUACGGAUUGAUAAAUACUUUACAAAAAAUUCCUUCGUUAAAAUAUGGAAACGACGGUUUGAUAUUUGUUCCGGUAAACCAUCCGUACGAACCUGAUAUGUGUCGCAAACUACUUCUGUGGAAGCCAGUAAAUCAGAUGUUUGUUAACUUUAAAAUCAAAGUCAUCAAACAUAGGGAUAAGAAGCCUAUAUAUCAACUAUUGAUCGCUAAUGAUGAUAAUACUCAUAAAUUUUAUGAUUAUUUAACCCCGGAUCAACAGACCGAGGUCGACUGGAUUAAAAAUGUUCACGAUGGAGAUAUUGGCCAAUUCUGGUAUGAUGAACACUGGAACACCACGAUUUAUGAUGCUGAUCCACACAUCCGGCAUGGUGGCUGGCGGUUUCGUAAAUUUAAAAGCGGACAACAUACCGCAGAUUCGGAAAAAGUAUUAGCUGAAGUUUUGAAUCGAAUAAAACAUGCUGUUCUAAGAGACGCGUUAGAGGAACGAGUCACUGUUAUAAGAGAGAAGUGGAAACUUCGACAAUCUAAUAGAGCUAGCGGUUCACAACCGCUACCUACAUCAAUACAAACCUCAAUCACACAGACCAGCUUGUCAGAAUCGCUUCACCCUCCUUUCCAGGAUUCACGUCAACCUUUGAUACGGCAUCAUGAUAUUCAUAAAAGUAACGAAUCACCGAUAGAAUAUCAUGAUUCCUCGUAUCGUUCUCAUGAUGAUUCACAAUUUGAUUCACAAUUGUAUUCGAGUUCUCUAGAGAAAAGGUCCCCCGUUACUGAAAAUCAAGCAUCAAAUGAAAAUAAAGAAAUACUCGAGAGUCCAUCUGUAUUACAUGAUCAUAAUCGAGAACAGCUCCAGAACCAACUUUUAAUAGACACUGAGGAGUAUCAUGAACAUCGAAAUUCGUAUGAAAAUCGAGAAAAUCGAGAGCUUGUCGAGAAAAAAGAUUCAAUUGAGAAUCAAGAAUCAUCAAAUCAAAAUAAUGAAUUACUCAAGACUUCAGCUACAUUACAUGAUUGUCAUCGUGAACCUCUUCAGAGAAUGCCAUUAACUCAUGCCAUAUCAACAGAAGAACGUCGAAAUUCUUACGAAGAUGUCAAUUUACAUGAUGAAGGGAUGGAUUCCGACGUGUCAGAGGAUUUUGAGCAAAGUCGAAGUCCACGAACUCGUAGAAGAUCAAUUUCAAAUACAGAACCUCAAAUAACUAAAUUUGAAUCUACAAGUCCACCAAACAAAGGAGAGUCAUUUUCAUCAGGAUCGGAAAAUUCACAGAAUCUUGCUGAAGAUAUUGAUCCAGAUGCCGAUCCAUGGGAUGCUCCUGAUUAUUAUGAAAGUUCACAAAUAGCAAAUAAUGAAUCGUCCUAUCCAGAAGAUCAAUCCGAAUAUUGGGAAGAGAAUGAACAUGUUGAAUCGUCCGAAAGUUCGGAAGCAACAUUAGAUAGUAAUUUAAUAACAGAACCUGUGAAACGGGAGACAAAUCAACAUGAAGAACUCCAAGAAUCAGAAGUUUCUAUACAACAAGAUCAACUCCAAACACGAAAAUCUCAACAACAUAGGAUUUUUGUUCGCGAAAAUCAACUACCUAUUAUAUCACAUCAAGAUUCACGAUAUAUCAUGCAACAGGACCAAUCUCAAACUCAAAAACUUCAACAACAUCGAUCGUCUAUACAUGAAAAUCCACAGAUCAUCCCGCCUAGGUCUCGAUCCCAAAUUCUCCAGCGACAAUCAGAGUCUCGCAUUCCUAUGCAACACAUUCAACCUCGAUUACAACGUAUUCCAGACACUUUACCUAUACAAGAAAUCAAACCCAUUAUGCAACGAUCACAAUCUUUAACACGUGAACAUCGAAUUUAUUCACAACAUUUACCUAAAAUAUUUCCCAUACAACCAACACAAUAUCCUAUGCAAGAAAUUCAGCGAACGUCAAAUAGACAAUUACAAGAAUUCCAAGAGA